CUCUGUAAAAAGAUUCCCUUUCCCCUUCUCCCACAUCCCCCACAACAGUUGAGCUUUUGUCUCCAACCCAAAACAAGAGGAAGAUAUUAUUCCAAACCAAACAGUUUCACAAGUACUACUGCUAGCUAUAGCUUGUUAGCUACCUCCUUGUUAUAAACAUGGCUGCAGAAUAUUCCUGCUCUUCAUCUUCAUCUUCUUCUUCUUCUUCUUCUUCCUCAAACCUAAGAAUCACAGUUGAGAAAAACCCUUCUGAGUCUCGCUUAUCUGAACUCGACAUCAAGUGCUGGCCCAAAUGGGGUUGUUCUCCUGGGAAGUACCAGCUGAAGUUUGAUGCAGAGGAGACGUGUUACUUGCUCAAGGGAAGAGUGAAGGCAUACCCGAAAGGAUCAUCGGAGUUCGUCGAGUUCGGAGCCGGCGACCUGGUUACGAUCCCGAAGGGACUGAGUUGCACUUGGGAUGUAUCAAUUGCUGUUGAUAAACAUUAUAAAUUCGAAUCAUCUUGAAUAUAUAUUAGUAUGCAAUUAAUCUUCAU